AUGAUAACCAUAGUUAUGAUUGUUCUUCAUUUAUUAGCAACAGUAUUAACGAUCCUGGAUUACAUGUCUCUAUUAUUUGAUGUCUUUGACAGUAUUUUGAAUCUGAAAGUAUCAUGCAAUCCUGGCCCAGAUGGUAUUCCAAGCCUGUUUAUAAAGAAGUGCAUAUUUACGUUGUCUCCUCCCAUAUAUGCAUGGAAAAUUAGUUAUAUUGUCCCUAUAUACAAAGCAGGCCAACGUAAUCAAGUUGAUAGUUAUCGUGGGCUAUCAUGGAUGAGUUCUUCUAUUUUGACUGAAAAGCAACAUGGAUUCCGUCCUAAGAGAUCAACAUGGGCCAACUUAAUUGAAUACUAUUCUUAUCUUAACGAAUCUUUUGGGAAUAGAUGUCCAGUGGAUGCAAUAUACACCGAUUUUUCGAAAGCAUUCGAUAAAGUUAAUCAGAGGAUCUUAUUAUUAAAACUGUCCCAUUUGGGAUUUAGACGGGAAACGAUUAUCUGGCUGAGAUCGUUUUUAUGUGAUAGAUGGCAACAGGAGAAUGAUGUUAGUUGUAACUGA